AUGAAGAAGUACUCGAUCGUCGGUAAUAAGAAGAAAGUGACCAUGGAGUUUAACCCUACACAGCUGAAAGUGGUUGGCAACAACUGCAUUAUAAGGGUGUCUGUAAACCAGGGUGAAAUUGAAGUGAUUGGCAACGAUUGCCGGGUUGAAGUGACAGAUAAUUACGGAGUGAUCAAUCUAGUCGGCAGCAACGGAUCUGUGUCAGUUACCAAGCGUGUGAAAGGUGACAGCGUUCAGAUGUUAGGACCAAAUUGCCAUCUGACCGUGGCGGGUAAAGAGAAGACUACAGGCGGUUAUGAAGCUCAAAUGUCACCAUUCAGCAAAGAUUUGGACGAUGUUAUUAACUCUAUCUUCACAUUUGUGAUGCGUUGA